UAUCCCAAACGCAACAUAUACACUAGCUAGUAGCUCUUCAGUAUUACGCAAAACACUAACCAAUGGCUUCUACUUCUACUUCCACUUGUCUUUUGAGUUGUUUUCUUUUAUUUGUUUGUCUGUUGGAUUACUCUUCAGCAACAGGUAGAAAGCUUAAUGGGUUAGUCCAAGAUGAACCUCCUACACCGAUAGUAUACCACAAUGGUCCACUUCUUUCUGGUAAAAUCUCCGUUAAUCUCAUUUGGUAUGGUAAUUUCAAACCUUCCCAAAGAGCCAUAAUCACUGAUUUCUUCAAUUCCCUUUACACUACACCCAAAACUCAAUCCCCUUCGGUAGCCAUGUGGUGGAAGAAAACUGAGAAAUACUUGAGUACUUCAUUGGUUUUGAAAUUAGGGAGACAAAUCUUUGAUGAGAAAUAUUCAUUGGGUAAAUCUCUAAGCGAUAAGAAAAUUGUUAGAUUAGCAUCCAGAGGUGAACAGAGUAAUGCAAUCAAUGUCGUGUUGACGUCUUCUGAUGUUAACGUCGACGACUUCUGUUCUAGUAGAUGUGGUACUCAUGGGUCUUCUUUAUCAACUUCAAAGAAAACCAAAUAUACUUACAUUUGGGUUGGAAACUCUGAGACUCAGUGUGCUGGUCAAUGUGCUUGGCCGUUUAAGAAACCGAUUUCUGGACCACGGGAUGCACCAUUAGUUCCACCAAACAAUGAUAUUGGUUUAGAUGGGAUGGUGGUAAAUUUGGCUAGUUUAUUAGCUGGAACAGCGACGAACCCGUACGGAAAUGGGUAUUACCAGGGAGAAGUAGACUCGCCUUUUGAGGUAUCUUCGGCUUGUACUGGGAUUUAUGGGAAAGGAGCUUACCCGGGUUAUGCAGGAAAAUUGUUAAUCGAUUCAAAGACUGGUGCGAGCUAUAACGCACAUGGUUUCAAUGGAAGGAAGUACUUGUUGCCAGCAAUGCUUGAUCGUUCUACGUCUACUUGUUCUACAUUGGUCUAAGAACAUUUAGGGAUAUGAACUGGAAUCGCUUCAUUCUGAUGUUUAAAACGGAGCAAAAGAGAGAGAGUGUUGAACUAGAUAUGGAGUUGUAAUUCGUAUAUAUAGGAUUUAUUGUUAAUUACAUUAUGAAAUUUAUUUAUGAUUAUGUAAUAGUUCAUUUUGAUUCAUUCUUUCUGAAUAAAACCAGAAUUUUGUUUUGUUUAA